CCGGCCCCGCCCGGACACAGGUGAGGGUGAACUUCCCGCGGCUCCCGGUGCCGCUCACCCGGACUGAGGAAGCAGGACUUUGGAGAGUUAUGGGUCUGGGGAGGCGGCGACUCUGAGCCCCGAGCCCGGACUGGACCGAGCGGACGCCCGGUUGUCGCGCGUUCAUCACCCCGUCCCUCCUCCGCCUCAGCUCCGGUUCGAACAUGUUCCAUCACGGCAGCAGCAAGAAGUGUUUCACCAUCGAGUCCCUGGUCGGGAAGGACCCGAACAGCGGCGGCUCCGGUGGGGACGAGCCCAUCCGGCCCACGGCGCUCCGGUUCCCAGAGUCCCUGCACCCCGCCGCCGCCGCCGCGGCCGCCGCCGCCGGGGUGUUCGGCUCGUGCUUCCAGGGCGGCGGCGGGAGGACCCUGUACCCGGCGGGGGGACCGGACGUGGUGCUGCAGGAGCCCGGGACGCACGCGCAGAGCCCCGGCGGGCUGCCGCUGCACCCGCUGCAGAUCCCCCCCCAGAGCUUCUUCAGCCCGCAGCACCGGGACGCGCUCAGCUUCUACCCCUGGGUCCUCCGGAGCCGCUACCUGGGGCCCCGCUUCCAAGGUGACGACAGCAGUCCGGAGAACCUGCUUCUCCACGGUCCGUUUUCCAGAAAACCCAAACGCAUCCGGACGGCGUUCUCUCCGUCGCAGCUGCUGCGUCUGGAACGAGCCUUCGAGAAGAAUCACUACGUGGUCGGAGCCGAGAGGAAGCAGCUGGCCAGCGGACUGUGUCUGACAGAGACGCAGGUGAAGGUGUGGUUCCAGAACCGCCGGACCAAACACAAGCGUCAGAAGCUGGAGGAGGAGUCACCAGAGGCGCAGCAGAAGAGGAAGGGCAGCCAACACGUCAGCCGCUGGCGGGCGGCGACGCAGCAGAGCGCCGACGACGUGGACGUCAUCAGCGAAGACUAGAGCCGAGACCAGAGCCAAGACCAGAGCCGAGACUAGAGCCAAGACCAGAGCCAAGACUAGAGCCAAGACCAGAGCCAAGACUAGAGCCAA